UACACCACGCGUCCCCUUGCUUCCUUCAUUCCACCGCCAGAUUCCUUUCAAGAAUCUGUUUCUUCUUCUUCUUUCUAUUCUGAAAGCAGCUUAAAAUUGAUAUCGUCGCAAUACCAGAUCUUCCUUGUUUCCAUUCCAAAGGUUUUAUGACAGUUUCAAGACUUCAGUAAAAGGUGCAUCAGCUGAACGAUAAUACGUUUUUAGUAUAGAAUGGAAGAUGGAUUUUCAAGCUUCUGGGGUCCUGUCACAUCCACCGAUCGGUGUGAGAAAAACUAUGUUCACUCAUCUUAUAUUGCGGAGUUUUUCAACACUAUAUCCAAUGUCCCGGGCAUUCUUUUAGCACUCAUUGGCCUUAUAAAUGCCUUAAGACAACGAUUUGAGAAGAGGUUUAGUGUCCUUCACAUAUCUAACAUGAUACUCUCCAUUGGGAGCAUGCUAUACCACUCCACACUGCAACGUGUGCAACAGCAAGGUGAUGAAACUCCAAUGGUGUGGGAAGUACUUCUAUAUUUUUACAUCCUCUACUCACCGGAUUGGCACUAUCAGAGUACAAUGCCUACUUUCCUGUUCUUUUACGGAGUAGGAUUUGCAGUAGUCCAUGCGCUCUUCCGUUUUGGAUUUGGCUUUAAGUUGCAUUAUGCCAUUCUUUGCCUUAUCUGCAUCCCUCGCAUGUACAAAUACUACAUCUACACGAAAGAUGCCGCUGCAAAACGACUCGCAAAGUUAUAUAUAGCAACUUUGCUCCUGGGAAGUAUAUGUGGGGUUUCGGACCGGGUAUUCUGCAAGCAGAUAUCUAAUUGGUACUUCAACCCUCAAGGCCAUGCUCUAUGGCAUGUCUUCAUGGGCUUCAAUUCGUAUUUCGCCAACACAUUCCUGAUGUUUUGCCGCGCACAGCAGCGAGAAUGGGAUCCGAAAAUCUUCCACUUCUGGGGUGUUCUCCCUUAUGUCAAGAUUCAAAAACCAAAGAGCCAGUGAAAAAGCUUGCUUGCUGCACAAUCCAAUUCUUUUUUACCCAGAAGAGACGAAUGAAAGAAAACUGUUUUGUGAUUGUCCCAUAUUUUAACAUUCAUAUCCUCUCUUAUUACCUUUAGAACCCUUAGUUUAAUGGCUUUUUAUGGAUUUGGACACUUAGUUUUACAGAAAUUAGUUUAAUGUAUUUGUGAGUGGUAGAAAUAGGGGAAAGAAUUUUGGUCUUCGAGGGGUAUUUUUGUCCAACUUUUUAGAAUUUUAAUUA